UCCCCUUCUCUGUUUAUUCCCUCAUCAACUACUUCCCCUUCUCUGUUUAUUCCCUCAUCAACUACAGUCAUCGCAUAUCUGAAGUAACAGCUGAAAUUUUAUUCCCAAACAUGUUCACUUCUUUUCCAGUUUGGACUAACAAAACAAUGUCCAACUCUCACACAGUUAUCUCCUUCACCUUAGAGUCGUAGUUGCGUUUUCACUUUUCACUCCGUUGCAAUUCCUCAGAUUUCAUGGCCAACAAGCUUUCCAAUGAGGAUAUUCUUCAGCAGCUGAGAAAUGGGACUGCAAAAUUUGAGCUUGUUUCUUCCCUGGUUCCUUCAGUUGUUGCUCUUCCUAACCGGAACACAAGCUUAUUUGGAAUUGGGAAUUGUAGCACUCUCUUUUUCGCUAGAAUUGGGUCAUCAUUUGGUGGACAGUCUCCAGCAAUGAAGAAACUUGAGCGUUUUUCAGUUCAGAAGGUUACAGGUGAUGGGCGGUGUCUGUUUCGUGCACUGGUCAAAGGAAUGGCUUACAAUAAGGGAAUUGCUCUUAACCAACGGGAGGAGAGAGAAAAUACAGGAGAAUCAGAGGUGCAAAACAGUCCAGGAUUAUUCGCAUAUAGCAUCUUGCAAAAUAUCAUGAGUUUUCUCCAGACACAAUCUGUGGUAUUACCAUUGGUUGUGCUCUCAGCAGUUCUAGUGUUGGUUCAUAUUGGUCUUGCAUAUGGCCUGUAUAGAGUGGACAGGUCUGAGUUUUACAGGUGCACCAAUUGCAGCUUCUAUUUCAUUGUGGAUAUCAAUGAUGUUGUUGGCCUUUUAUGUUAUGUAUGCAAAGAAGUUCAAGCAGACAUGGGAAGGAUUUUCAAUGCAUUCAUUACAUUACGUGUUCAUAAACAUGAAACUAGCUCUGCCCUCUGCAGCAAUGCUGCCUUGAUGUCUGCUAUUUAUGGGGAAAAUAAGGAUGAUGAUGGCUUUCUUUACAUGACUUACAGUGGAGAGAACACCUUCGGAUCCCACUAGGCAUGUGAUAAACUCUGUAAAUAGCUGCUGCAAGAUGCAAAUUCUCUGCUGUCCAUAGGCAAUGCUUACCCUGUUUAUUGCAUAGGACAGAAGGAAAGGCACGAAAGUAAUCAACAUGGAAGAUGCUGUAAAAGAAGGCUUUCACAUAGACUUCAAGGAAUACUAUGAGUAGGAAGGGUCAUUAUAGGAUAUUGUGUACGAGUUGUAACUUGGAUUUUAGU